AUGUCUGACACUGAAAGCUACUACCAACACACUGGCAACAACCACGAACAUGAACCUAUUCCAAAUUCAGAUGAAGUUUUGAAUGAUCACAGACAUCAAAUCCCAAAUGAAUCUGCAAUUAGUGAUGAUGAAGACCCUCUUCACCAAGCCCCUGCCGUAUCAGCAUCGGCAUCAGAAUCAACCCCUGAAAAGAAGAGACUGACACGCAAGAAUUCAUCAAGAAGACCAACCAUUAAUGAAAAAGGAAGCUCCUCAACUGCUGGUGGCUUACCACAGCAACAACAAAGAGCUUAUAUGACUUCUUUACGUAAAGAUUUUUACCUAGGAGAAGAGGACGACUCACUUCCAAUUCCAAUCAUUACCAAUGCAUCCAAGUCAAGAAGAAAAUCUCAAUUGGACUCCUUGCCUCCAAUCACCAAGAAAAGAACUGGUCGUAGCAACUCCAAUAAUUUUGAAAAUGAUUUGGUUAGUCCAAUGACUAAAAUGAAAACCAAUGAUAGUGAGGAUGUUAAAGCUGGUAGAAGAACAUCCCGUUCUUCUAUUGAUAGUGAAGCCGACUCUCAUGCUUCAAGAACUUCCCAAGAAACAGAAGAAGAUGUUUGUUUCCCUAUGGUUAGAGAUCACAUCAGAGUUAAUGGUAUUGAUUUUGAUGAAAUUGACGAAUUUAUCAGAGAGGAGAGAGACGAAAAGGAAAAUCAACAACAAUAUAUGGCUAAAAAUGCCCUGAGAAUUGAAGAAUUCCAAAGUCUUUCGGCUACUACAAGUUCAUCUCGUCACAAACAAAGUAUUGGCUCAACUGCUGCUUUGAAGUACACACCAAAGAAUAUUUUGAAGAAUACAUUUUCUCGUUUUGAAGAAAUACAUGAUACUUCAUCAUCAGAUGAAAUUGAAUUAAAAGUCAGAGAUGAUGGUUCAUCUGAACAAGUUAAAUUUGGCGGUGCUAGAAUAUCAGAUGGUAGCAAUGGUUCAUUACCUGAUAGAUUUUCCUUUUUCCAUUCUGAAUCUGAAGAAACUGUUCAUGCACCAGAUAUCCCUUCAUUGGUUGCCCCUGGCCAAUCUGCUCGUGAUUUAUUUAAGAAUGGAGAGGAAACUUGGUGGUUAGAUUGUACCUGUCCAACUGAUUCUGAAAUGAAGAUGCUUGCUAAAGCGUUUGGUAUCCAUCCUUUGACCGCAGAAGAUAUUAGAAUGCAAGAAACUAGAGAAAAAGUUGAAUUAUUCAAGAGUUAUUAUUUUGUUUGUUUCCAUACAUUUGAACCAGAUAAGGAAUCCGAAGAUUACUUAGAACCAAUCAAUGUGUAUAUUGUUGUUUUCCGUGAUGGUAUUUUGACAUUCCAUUUUUCCCCAAUCAAUCAUCCAGCAAAUGUCAGAAGAAGAGUCAGACAGUUAAGAGAUUAUGUUGAUGUUAGUGCAGAUUGGCUUUGUUAUGCCUUGAUUGAUGAAAUUACUGAUGGUUUUGCCCCAGUUAUUCAUGGUAUUGAAUAUGAAGCCGAUGCUAUUGAAGAUGCAGUAUUUACAGCAAGAGAUACUGAUUUUGGUAGUAUGUUGCAAAGAAUUGGUGAAUCUAGAAGAAAAGUCAUGACUUUGAUGAGAUUAUUAUCAGGUAAAGCAGAUGUCAUUAAAAUGUUUGCUAAAAGAUGUCAAGAGGAAACCAUCUCUGGAUUUCAAAGACAACAACAACAAUUACAGGCUCAACAGCAACAGCAACAACAAUAUCCAUCUACAAUGUCUCCACUUCCAUCUGCUAUGAACCUUGCAGGCUUAGAAUCCGUUACUGGCGGUGUUACAUUUGGUCCAGGCCCAGGUUCAAGCGGAUCUCCACCACCUCCAUCAGUUGCUCCACCAUCUUGGCAACCGCCAAAUAAUAGCGAUAAUGCACGUCCUCGUGCUGAUAUUGCAUUAUAUCUUGGUGAUAUUCAAGAUCAUAUUAUUACUAUGUUUCAAAACUUGUUGGCUUAUGAAAAGAUUUUCAGUCGUUCUCAUUCUAAUUAUUUGGCUCAAUUACAAGUUGAAUCCUUUAAUUCUAACAAUAAAAUUACAGAAAUGUUUUCUAAAGUUACACUUAUUGGUACUAUGUUGGUUCCAUUGAAUUUAGUAACGGGUUUAUUUGGUAUGAAUGUUAGAGUACCUGGAGAAAAUGGUGGUAAUUUAGGUUGGUUUUUCGGUAUUGUUGGUGUUUUGAUUAUUAUUAUUGUUUCUUCAUUCUUUUUCGCCAAAUGGUGGUUAAACAAGCUUAACCAAGAUAAUGAUCAAGAAAGAGGACCAGUGUUUAAUUCAAGAAGAUCUAUCAGAAGUUUGGGAUUGAAAAGACAUUCUGCAAAGUCUAUUGUCAGUUUCCCAAAUAAGUAUGAAUAG